AGAGAGAGAGAAUUCAUGUCAGGCAGGCGCAGUAGUAGACUCCUUUAUCCGACACGGAGACGGACGCUGCCAGCUGCUAGCUAAGUUAGCUUUAGUAGACAGUUAACGUUAGCAACUAGCUUCAGAGUCUUAGCGCCUUUACUACAGAUGAUAUAAGGGCGUGAGCAAGAGUGUGUGUAUGACAGGGUGUGUCGACGCUUGAGUGCCCGUUUGGCCAUCCCGAAGUCACUUCGUGUUUGUGUGUACCCGUGUGUGUGUGUGUGCGCGUGCCGUGUUUGUGUGCGUGCGCAGGUGUGUGUGUAUAAGCUCCCCUAUUCCUCUACAGAGCGGCAGCUUCUCUGUGGUUGUGUGCGCGAGGUUAGCACUGAGUGAAGCAAACGCACACAUACACGCUGCUACUCGGCUGUUAACAUUCCGUGUCCCGGUAACCAGCGGAUUCACAUCCUUUACUGACCCGACACAGCUCCAGCAUGAUGUUGAGGUACACUGUAGUCCGAGGCGGCCUCGGCCUGUUGACCGUGAGGAGGGCGUGUCUUUCCCCCCGCUUCACCCACUCUGCCCCGCAGACCGAGUAUCGACCAAUCAAGAAAGUCAUGGUGGCCAAUAGAGGUGAAAUCGCCAUCCGUGUGUUUAGAGCCUGCACCGAACUAGGGAUUCGAACCGUGGCCGUCUACUCUGAGCAAGACACUGGACAAAUGCACAGGCAGAAGGCAGAUGAGGCUUACCUGAUUGGAAAAGGCCUGCCACCUGUUGCUGCAUACCUGGACAUUGCUGACAUCAUCAAAGUAGCCAAGAACAACAAUGUGGAUGCCAUCCACCCAGGCUACGGUUUCCUCUCUGAGCGGGCAGACUUUGCCCAGGCCUGUGCAGACGCAGGGGUGAUGUUCAUAGGACCAAGCCCAGAAACAGUCCGCAAGAUGGGAGACAAGGUGGAGGCUCGUUCCCUGGCCAUCAGUGCAGGUGUACCCGUGGUCCCAGGAACAGAAUACCCCAUCACCUGCCUGCAGGAUGCGCAGGUGUUCACCCAAGCGUACGGCUUCCCCAUCAUCUUCAAAGCAGCCUACGGAGGAGGUGGUCGUGGCAUGAGGGUGGUCAGAGAGUACGAGGAACUUGAGGAGAAUUACCAGCGGGCCUACUCUGAAGCCCUGACGGCUUUCGGGAACGGAUCUCUGUUUGUUGAGAAGUUUAUUGAAAAGCCAAGACACAUUGAAGUACAGAUCCUCGGCGAUAAAUAUGGUAAUGUCAUCCACCUCUAUGAGAGAGACUGCUCCAUUCAGCGAAGACACCAAAAGGUUGUGGAGAUUGCACCUGCUUUCCAACUGGACCCUCAUCUGAGAGACCGACUCCACGCUGAUGCCGUCAACCUCGCCAAACUGGUGGGCUACGAGAACGCAGGGACCGUGGAGUUCCUGGUCGACAGACACGGCAAACACUACUUCAUCGAGGUCAACUCUCGACUCCAGGUUGAACACACGGUCACCGAAGAAAUCACUGAUGUGGACCUGGUCCAUGCCCAGCUGCGUGUGUGUGAGGGCCGCAGCCUGCCAGAACUGGGCCUCAGACAAGACAAGAUCAGGGUCAAUGGCUGUGCGAUCCAGUGCAGAGUGACAACCGAAGACCCGUCCAGAGGCUUCCAGCCAGACACCGGACGGAUUGAGGUCUUCCGAAGCGGCGAAGGCAUGGGCAUCCGCCUAGACAGCGCCUCGGCCUUCCAGGGGGCGAUCAUUUCUCCCCACUACGACUCCCUGUUGGUAAAGGUCAUCGCCAGUGGAAAGGACCUGCAGACGGCAGCUUCCAAGAUGAGCCGAGCCCUGGCCGAGUUCCGAGUCCGAGGGGUCAAGACCAACAUCCCCUUCCUGCAGAAUGUUUUUGCCAACCACCAGUUCCUCCACUCCACCGUGGACACCCAGUUCAUCGACGAGAACCAGGAACUCUUCAACCUAAAGCCCACUCAGAACCGAGCCCAGAAACUACUGCACUACCUGGGUCAUGUGAUGGUAAAUGGACCAACCACACCCAUCCCAGUCAAGGCGAAGCCUUCCUCCAUAGACCCUGUCAUCCCUCCUGGCGUUCUGGGCGACCCUCCGGUCGGUUUCCGUGACAUUUUGCUGCGCGAUGGUCCUGAGGGAUUCGCCAAGGCUGUCCGCGCCCACCAGGGUCUGUUGCUAAUGGAUACCACCUUCAGGGAUGCCCACCAGUCGCUCCUGGCAACCAGGGUUCGGACCCACGACCUGAAGAUGAUCUCGCCGUUUGUCAGCCAUAACUUCAGCAACCUUUUCAGCCUGGAGAACUGGGGAGGUGCUACCUUUGAUGUGGCCAUGCGCUUCCUGUCAGAGUGCCCCUGGAAGAGACUCCAGGAGCUGAGAGCUUUGAUCCCUAACGUCCCGUUCCAGAUGCUGCUGAGAGGGGCCAACGCCGUGGGCUACACCAACUACCCUGACAACGCUGUCUUCAAGUUCUGUGAGGUGGCCAAGGAGAACGGCAUGGACAUUUUCCGCGUGUUUGAUUCCCUGAACUACCUGCCCAACAUGCUGCUGGGCAUGGAGGCGGCUGGGACAGCAGGUGGCGUAGUGGAGGCUGCCAUCUCGUACACAGGCGACGUCUCGGACCCAAUGAGGCAGAAGUACUCUCUGGAUUACUACAUGAAACUGGCAGACGAGCUUGUCAAAGCCGGAACCCACAUCCUCUGUAUCAAGGACAUGGCCGGCCUGCUGAAGCCAGAGGCCAGCAAGCUUCUGAUUGGCUCUCUGAGAGACCGUUUCCCGGACGUCCCCAUCCACGUGCACACACACGACACAGCUGGAGCCGGAGUGGCCGCCAUGCUGGCCUGUGCCGAGGCUGGAGCUGACGUAGUGGAUGUGGCUGUCGACUCUAUGGCCGGGAUGACCUCUCAGCCCAGUAUGGGAGCCAUUGUGGCGUGCGCCAAAGGGACCAAGCUUGACACCGGCAUCGCUCUGGAGAAGGUGUUUGACUACAGUGAAUACUGGGAAGUAGCCAGAGGCCUGUAUGCUCCCUUCGACUGCACUGCCACCAUGAAAUCAGGCAACGCUGACGUCUACGAGAACGAGAUACCCGGAGGACAGUACACCAACCUUCACUUCCAGGCUCACAGCAUGGGACUGGGAAAUAAGUUCAAGGAGGUGAAGAAGGCCUAUACUGAAGCCAACAAACUACUUGGAGACCUCAUUAAGGUGACUCCAUCCUCUAAGAUCGUUGGGGACUUGGCCCAGUUCAUGGUGCAGAACAACCUGACCAGGGCAGAAGUGGAGGAGAGGGCCGAUGAGUUGUCCUUCCCCCUAUCUGUGGUCGAGUUCCUGCAGGGGUACAUCGGGAUACCACAUGGAGGAUUCCCCGAGCCGUUCAGAUCUAAGGUGCUGAAGUCCCUUGCUCGUAUUGAGGGUCGUCCCGGCGCCUCUCUCCCACCCAUGGACUUCAAGGCCCUGGAGGUGGGACUCCGCGCUGCACACGGUGAUGAAAUCACCCCCGAAGACGUGAUGUCAGCAGCCAUGUACCCCAAGGUGUUCCAAGAGUUCAAGGAAUUCACCGCUAACUUUGGUCCAGUGGACUGUCUCAACACCAGGCUGUUCCUGGACGGACCCAAGAUCGCCGAGGAGUUUGAGGUGGAGCUGGAGAGAGGAAAGAUCCUCCACAUCAAGGCGCUGGCGCUGGGUGACCUGAACAAGGCCGGCCAGAGAGAGGUCUUCUUUGAGCUCAACGGACAGCUGAGAUCUGUGCUGGUUAAAGACACUGUUGCCAUGAAGGAAAUGAAAUUCCAUCCCAAGGCUCAGAAGUCCAUCAAGGGUCAGGUGGGAGCACCCAUGCCUGGGAAAGUCCUGGAGAUCAAAGUGGAAGUGGGAUCCAAGGUGGUGAAAGGGCAGCCGCUGUGUGUCCUCUCGGCCAUGAAGAUGGAGACGGUGGUCAACUCCCCGGUGGCCGGUACCGUUAAGGUUGUCUAUGUCACGGCCGACACCUCCCUGGAGGGAGAUGACCUGAUACUGGAAAUCGUGGAGUAGAGUGAAAGGGGGGGGGGGGAGAUCAUGUGAUUCUGGAAAUGGUGAGGUUGAGGAAGGAUUAAAAAAACAAUAUAUAACAGGAAUCCUUUUCAUUAAGACAUUUAUGCUGAGGACACAAAAUGAAGCACAUAUCCAGACACCUGAAGGGUGGAAAUAGAUGAUAUGACAAUCCUAAAUAAUAUAUUAAUUUCUUGUUGAACUGAACCACAAAUCAAAGUCUAUUUAGUUCCCUAGGUGUGGUGAUUAGGUUAAAACAGUACAUCUAUUAAUAUCCUGUCAACUUCUGUAAAUUAACAUAUUAGAAUGACAUUAAAUGUAGUGUGAGACAUUCCAUUAAGUAAAUGCUAGUCUUAAAUGUGAUGUACUACGAAAUGAGCCAACCACGUUAACACUAACAGGGUCCUAACAUCGACUCGCAAUAAAAUGCCACAAUUUCCAUUUCUAUGCUGUUAAUGUUGCUUAAUAUAGUUUAUAGUGUGUAAGUGAAACUUUUAUAUUGAUGACUUAAUGUUUUACUUAUAAUCACCAGGGUUUACAUAA